AUGCUCUCGGCCGCGGUGCAGAUCCUGGCCUUUGUGCUCGCCGUGGUCGGAUUGGUGGGGGUUACUGUGGCGACCGUGCUCCCCAAUUGGAAGGUGUCGUCGACGGGGUGGACCAGCCUCAUGACGCCCAUCUCCCACAUGCAGGGCCUGUGGAUGGACUGUAACUUCUUCAGCUCUGGGGUUUUCAGCUGUACAGUGAAGACCAGCGUGCUGAGCCUGCCGCCGCACCUGCAGAUGACGCGCAUCUCCAUGGUCCUGUGCGCCCUGGUGUCCGCCCUGGGCCUGUGUCUGGCCUCGCUCGGACUCAAGUGCACGCAGUGGGGCGGAGACCGGAGAGCCAAGGCCUACACCGCCAUCUCCGCGGGCGCCUGCUUCGUCCUGGCCUCCGCCCUGUGCCUGGCGCCCGCCUCCUGGUUCACGGAGGAGAUUAUCGCGGCGUACCUGAGCGCGGAGGUGCCAGAGAGCAGCCGCUACCAACCAGGAGGAGCGCUGUGUCUGAGCUUCGUGUCGGCCGGGUUUCUGCUGGCGGCGGGCGUCAUCUUCUGCCUGUCCUGCCCGGUGAGAGGGGCGUCCCAGAGGCCAGAGGUGGUGCACCGCAGGAUACAGACGGACGCAGGGAAAGUGGUGCGCAUCCGGCAGGAGGUGCGGGACGAGGAGGCAAAGGAGAGCUACAGUCUGAGAGAGUACCAUGGACCCCCAGGACCCAGGCCUCUGCGCGGACUGGGAAACCUGUUCCAGCUGGACCUAAAGAACCUCCACCUGUGUCUCUGGAAGCUGUCUCGGCAGUAUGGCUCGGUUCUCUCUGUCUUCAUGGGACCAGAGAGGGUUGUAGUACUAUGUGGAUACCAGACGGUGAAGGAGGCGCUGGUGAGCAGAGCCGAGGAGUUUGGAGAGAGAGCCUCCACACACAUUAGCGACGAGAUGUUCAACGGACACGGUCUGGCCUGGGCUAACGGCCACACGUGGAAGGAGAUGCGACGUUUUGCUCUAGCAACGCUGCGAGACUUUGGGAUGGGGAGAAAGGUCUGCGAGAACAAGAUCUCAGAGGAGUGUGGACAUCUGGUGAGGGUGCUGAAGGAUCUCAAAGGAAGGCCCUUCUCCACCAUGAAGCCUUUGAACUAUGCCGUCUCGAACAUAAUCUUCUCGAUGGUGUAUGGGACCAGGUUCCAGUACCAGGAUCCUCAGUUCACUGCUCUGGUGGACCGCAUCAACACACGCAUCCGGCUGGGAGGGUCUCCUACGGUCAUGUUGUACAACAUGUUUCCUUGGACCAAACGCUGGAUCAAAGACCGACAGAAGCUCAUCGACAUCCUGGAGUUCUUCAAGCAGGAGAACCGAGGCCUGAUCCGAGACCUGAAGGAGACCAUCAACCAGGCGGAGCCCCGAGGGUUCAUCGACGCUUUCCUGGUGCGACAGAUGGAGCUGCAGGCGGCUGGAGUCGAGGACCAUGAGUUCCACGAGGAGAACCUGACGGCCUCGGUCCUGUCCUUGUUCUCUGCCGGCACCGACACCACCUCCAACACUCUGACCUGGGGCCUCCUCAUCCUGACCAAGUAUCCACACUACCAGGAUCUGGUGCGUGAGGAGAUCUCGACAGUGAUUGGUCGUCGUCAGGUCCAGAUCGAGGACAGAAAGGACCUGCCGUUCACAGACGCAGUGAUCCACGAGAUCCAGAGAUUUGCAAACAUCGCUCCCAUGGCCCUCGCCCACCGCACCAGCUGCGACCUCAUUUUUCAGGGCCACACCAUCAAGAACGGGACGACCAUCGUGCCUCUGCUGACCUCGGUCCACUUUGACGAGAGCGAGUGGGAGGAGCCUCACAGCUUCCGUCCUCAACACUUCCUCAGUGACGACGGCAAGUUUCGGAAGAGAGACGCCUUCAUGCCUUUCUCGGCCGGUCGUAGAGCCUGUCUGGGGGAGAGUCUGGCCAGGAUGGAGCUCUUCUUGUUCUUUGUGACUCUGCUGCAGUGGUUCCGCUUCUCGCCGCCCCCUGGUGUCUGUGAGGAGGAACUGGACCUGACACCAGAGGUUGGCAUGGGCCUGACCACCAGGCCACACCUGCUCUGUGCCCAGCCAAUACCAUAA